GGUCACGCCCGCUUCCAAGAUGGCGGCGCCCGGCUUGCUGCGUGCGGGGUGGAACCGGCUGCUCUCCGGGUUCCUCUGGGGCGGCGCCGCCCGGCUUCCGGCUCGCGGGCUCCGGCAGGUUGUGGAAAUUACUGAAGGAAAUACAACUGUUAUUGAAGGCAAAAUAAUAGAACAUACUGAAGCACCAGCUCCUCCCAACCCUUCUGGUCAGUGCCCCAUCUGUCGCUGGAACCUGAAGUACAAGUACAAUUAUGAGGAUGUCUUAUUGCUGAGUCAGUUCAUCCGUUCUGAUGGAGGAAUGCUGCCCAAGAGGAUCACAGGUCUAUGUCCGGAAGAGCACAAGAAGAUUGUCGUGUGUGUGAAGAUGGCUCAACGAGCAGGUUUGCUGCCAAACCACAAGCCUCCCCUACCUGAAGUGUUUGUUCCCAAGAAAGCCAAGCCUAAACUCAACAGGUAUCUCACCCGGUGGUCCAUCAAAUCUGCCAAACCUAUCUGGAACAAAGGCCACAAAUGGUGCAAAGUCCCCAAGGUAGUUGGACAUCCUGUGCUGCAGGACAACAUCAGAUAUGGGAACAAACCUAUUUAUUUGAAUCACUGAGGUGCAGUGGAAAUUUUUUUUUAUACCAAACCAGGAGAGGAGCAAAAUGUUCAUUGUUUCAUUGUGGCCCAGGAGAUUUUGACUGUGGUUUUUGCAGCAGCAGUCCACCAGAGAAGGGAAUCUCUGGAAAUUUUUGCCUCAGCUCAGGUCUGCCAGUGGUCUAGGCUUUAGCACUUGUGACUGAGGGGGAAAAGGCCUUGCUGUACCCUCUGCUACUUUGCCUGUCAUGAUGAAAAUUGUGUUAAUCAUUAUUGAAGUGGAAUAUUUUUAUAAUCUGUAAUGUCCUUAGCUUGAAGCAGAAAGCACGUGGCAGUGGCAGGCGGGCAUUUGGCCUGAUGACUGCACCUCAUUAUCAUAACUCACUGGCAUGAUCUGACAAAUAUAGAACGCAUUUGACAUUUUGUAAUGACUUGGCCUGUCAUAUUCUUCUUGCAAAUAAAUUUGUUGCAAGCUA